AUGAAGGUUCUCUGGUUUCUCUUGAUAAUCAUUCGAUUCGCGAUGUUUGAUAGCGAAAAUAUUAGCGGAAAUAAACGUAACAAAGUUAAAAGUGAAAAAAAAGUUAACAUUCAUACUGCUGGUACUUUACUGAUAUCUGACGAAUACCCCAAAAUUUCUAAGGGAAAAAAUAAAAGACUUUGGUUUCAGAAAAAACCUAUCGAUGACAUUUUAUAUGGAAACAGUAAAAGCGAAAUGGACAAGCUGAAAGGCUGGUACUGUCACAUCAGGUACGGAAUAGAUGCGGCCGACAUGGAAGAGAAUGACAUCAAUUUCUUGAAAAGGGAAUCGUGUGAAAAUGAAGUAAAUCAAAGGCUCAAGGGAAUGUCACAGCGCUGUGACAAGACAGUGUUUUUUAAAGACAAGACAAUGACAUUGAGAGCUCAAGACAGGACCGAGACAAGACUUUCGUUCAAAGAACAUGUCUCGAGACGUCACAUCCAAGGACAAGAUAUGAAAUUCAAAACAAAAAUGAGACUAAGAAAUCAAAAUUUGUAA